AUGAAAAGAUUUGUUCCUCUUGCAAAACAACACAAAGGUCUUCCAAUUCUUCUCAGAAAUUCUACCUUCGCAUCACCAACAUUAUUUUCCGAAGGUGGUAAAAAGAAGUUUUGUUGCAAUCUUUAUCAACGAGAAGGAAAAUUCGAUGAUGAGAAAUAUAAUGAUAAAAAGCUCAAGUAUGAACAACAACUUUCUCCUCUUCAAGUCUUUUUUGAUUAUAAACAAUUCUUGAUUGGAGGUACAUUUGGUAUAUUUGGGGAUUUAUUAAAAUAUAGAGAAAUGAGAAAGGAAAUUUCCUAUAGACCAUUUAGAGUUGCUAGUAGAAAGGAAAUGUUAUUUAUGAAUGGAUUUAGAUUUGAUUUUGUUAAAUUGUUAAUACCAGCUUCAGGCAUUUUCAUGUAUCCAAAAUUAUUACUUGUUUAUUUGCCUUUAUGUUAUUAUUAUCCUAGCAUUAGACCUUCCUAUUAUCAAUCUGAUUCACUUAAAAAGGCUAUCAGAGAAAAUUCUCAUCAAAUGAGAAAAGAACAAAGAGAUCUUAUCAUUCAAGAAGUUUUGAGAUUAACAUCAAAUAUACAUACUAUGAAUUAUGGACAACAAGAUACAAGAGUGAGUGAAGAUAUUGCAUUGCUAUUGUCUGUCAUUCAAAAAAUUAAUGCACUUAAAACUCAUAAUCUCCCUAUUCAUUUACUACCAAACUUGGAUUCUUUGCUAAAAGAUUUGAAACAAUUGGAUCAAUCAGAAUUAUUUAAUAAUCACUUGACAAUUGAAAAGUUUUCAGACUCUGUUAUUGAUAGCUUGUGUAGAUUCAGUUUUGUUGCAAGACUUAUUUUCAAUGGUAUCAGUGGUGUCUUUAAAUUGACAAGUAGUGGAUCUAUCGUAGGAAGUAGAUCAGGUGGAUUGGAAUCAAACAUUCACUCUAUCAAGUAUAUGAUCAAGCAUUUAUUUAUGGGUGCCUCUGCCAGCAAUACUUCAUCUAUCAGAUCGAUGGUUCCUAUUAGUUAUAAGAGAAAGAUGUUGAAAUACUAUUUGAAUUUAAUUAGACAAGAUGAUCACUUCAUACAGCAAGUUAUUGAUACAAUGAGCUUGAAGGAAAUGAUUGAAGCAAGUUAUGUUCGUGGAUUUGUGCACGAUUGGAAAUUUAAAGAAAUUAAGGAGGAAGAUAUGAAGGUUAACCAUAGAGAAAUUAUUGAAAGAUACUUCAAAUUGUGGUGUGAAUUUAGCUCUUCAGUCCAAAAUGACAAUUUAUUCUUAUUGACAACUGUUUUGUUAUUUAUUCAUUGA